GCCGGUUGCCGUGCGCGCGCGCAGUCGCAGUGCGCAUACACGCGCGCGCGCCUCUCUUUUCCUCUGGGACGGGAUUCAGGUGCGCGUUAACACAACCCAGUCAAGAUGACGGUGACGAAGAAGCGCCCAUCAGACCUGACCAGCUUGGAGCGGUUCAACCUUUACUACCGGGAGAAGGAGGAUCCUCUCACUGGUGCUCAAAAGACGAAGCGGUUCAUCUGGAACCCCAAGACCAGGCAGUUCUGCGGCAGGACUGGAACUAGCUGGUCCAAAAUAGCGCUAUUCUAUUUCAUCUUCUACUCUGCGUUGGCAAUCCUCGUCGCUAUCUGCAUGUGGACCUUCCUACAACUCCUGGACACGCGGCAGCCUAUGUGGCAGCUGGAGAAAAGUAUAAUCGGCACGAACCCUGGACUCGGCUUUCGACCAAUGCCACCAGAGGUCGCCAGCAGCGUGAUCUGGUAUAAGGGCAACGAUCCUGGAAGCUACAACUUCUGGGUCAAAGAACUGUCUAAGUUUUUAGCAGUAUACAAACGCGACGGUAAGAAGUCAGGAGCGAGCCAGAACAUCCACAGCUGUGACUUCAAGCUCCCAGCACCAGCCGGUAAGGUCUGUGACGUGGACAUCAGUGCCUGGGGACCGUGCCUCGAGGAGAACCACUUUGCUUACCAAAAGUCCACUCCCUGUGUCUUCCUGAAGCUCAACAAGAUUUUUGGAUGGAAACCAGCAUUCUACAACAGCUCUGACAGUCUACCGGGAGAGAUGCCUGAUGAUCUGAAGGAGCAUAUCCGAAAUAUGACUGCGUAUGAUAAGAAUUAUCUGAACAUGGUGUGGGUAUCCUGCCAGGGUGAGAACCCGGCAGACAGGGAGAACAUCGGCCCCAUCCAGUACAUGCCUUACCGUGGCUUCCCAGGGUACUACUUCCCGUACACCAACCAGGAGGGCUACCUCAGUCCACUCGUGGCUGUACAUCUGCAGAGGCCCAAAACGGGCGUGCUCAUCAACAUCGAAUGUCGAGCGUGGGCCAGGAACAUAAUGUACGACAGACACGAAGCCAUGGGCACAGUGCACAUCGAAAUCAUGAUCGAAUAGACUACCAGAGCCAGGUGAAGAAGAUAUAGAAGAAAAAUUGUUUUUGAGACA